UACAUCCGCAUGUGUUCGCCUCGCAUCUUGCGUGAUGGCGCUGUUUGGCGCAGUGUUUGAGCGCGCAAAGAGUGUCGAAUCGUAGAGCACGCAAAUUAUUGUCGCGACUUUCAUGUGACACUUUUCACUGUCGCCGAAGGCUGUCGUCAUGUCACUCCCUAAGGAUGCUAAUGAAUUUAAUAUAAUUGACGACAACUUUUGGGAUGAGUUCAACGACGACAACACAUUUAGUAACACGAAUGGAGUCAGCAGCGCCUCGAACAGAGGCGGCGCUCUUGCAGUACCCGAGGCGCAUGCAAAGUGCAACAAAGCAACCGCCGAUGAUCGUAAGAAAACGGUCACUACAGGGCCCGAAAAGAGAACCGAUGAUAACUUGUUUGUUGCCACGGGUCUGUGCGCUGAGGACCUUCAGAACUGCUUCGACGACGAUUUUGAUGAGUGUGCCAACGAAAGUGAGCCUAAAGGAGAGGUAGGAAAUAGGCGCUCGUGUUCAGACCCCGACGCCAACAUACUACCGGAGAUUCCAUCGGAUAUGUUUGAUGACGAUUCAGUUGGUUGGCUCCCAGAAGAACAUGAGGCUGUGCCAAGAAAGCGGAAGUUCCCAGGCCCGGCUGGCAUACUUCCCAAGUCUCGCGCUUCGCUGUCAUUUUCUGGUUUUGGAAUGACCACUGGUGAAGCAAACUCCAGGGAGCCAGAACCACCUGACGAUUUACUCUGCACUCCAUGGAGCGCUGAAGCAGACAAUCCACUCUCUCCUUGGCAACAUUUAAGACAGGACCUCGGAAUUGAAGAUUUGAAAGAUAGUAACCUCAAUGAGUACUCCAUUGCCUGGGUCCUCAAGAUGAAACGACUACAGCAGCUUCCCCGUGGUAAAGUGCCAGUUCUCUGCACAUCUAUAAAGAAUGUUGCAAAGAAUAUUCUAACACUUCGUGAUGGAACAGGUGAGAUUCUGGCAACUAUUGACAAAAGCUGUCAAGAUUACAAGCCCUGCCUGAAAGCAGGUGCAGCCUUUAUUCUUGUGAAGGCAAGUGUUUACGUCAAUGACCAUGGCCAGCAUUGUCUUGUCCUCACAAAGCAGAACAUUGUACAAAUCUACAGCUGUGCUGAAGAUGGCACCUCUGAUGUGAGCAGAAUCGAUGUAAAUCCCAUGACAUUGCAAGACUUGGAAGGCAUCUGUGCUCAGCUGGAACGUGAAGCUCUCGAAGAUGCUGCCAAGCAUGAGACUAGGGGUUCAGAGCACCAGAACUCUAGCUGGGGCUCUUGUGGAUCCCCGCACCUAGAAUCAUGUGCCAGGAAUUUUUCACCAAUACCUCAUGGUUCAAGGAAUGGGAGAGCACAGUGGACUCAGGGCAAGGAAAGCGCAAGUCCAGGUCUCUUCUCUAACAAGGGAAAUACUGAUGCUCCGUUGCAACCAAGGAAUGUUGGCAUAAAUUCGGGGCGAACAUGGGUUGCAGCGAGAGGCGCAGCUCGUACAUCACACAGCCCCAUAACAAGUGCAAGACCUGCAUUAGCUCGGGGAGCAGGAACAAAGAGGCCCAUUGCAUGGUUAAAGGAGGAUGUAAUCGAGAUUGAUGGUCCGCUGACCUCACCAUGCCUCCCAAAAGUUCCAGCGUACAAGCCACCAGUGAGGCCCUCGGCAGCAAGCUCUGGUCCCAAGCCAUCAUAUGACAUGUCAUCUGUUAUCAGCUUGCUGAAGUCCUCUGCUGCAAGCGUGUCGCAGGUUGCAUCACAGUCUGCUUUAAACAGUACAACUCCAACAAAGUGUGUGAUGAAUGAUGGAACUAGUACAUCAGUGAAUGCUGCAGCUGGUGCAAAUUCUUCAAAUUUGUUGGUCCCAAAUGAUAAUGACACAAGUGUGGAAGAACUUCAAUGGCUGGAAGAUGACGCUGAUGACAUCUUUCAGACCAUCGAUGAUGUGUGCCUUGUUUAAGCAAGAAAACGAGCCUUACUUCCAAGGAGUGUUUGUAAGAGAGUGCUAAUUGUUUCACAAAAAAUUUAUUGCCAUUAUGCCAA